CAUGAGUUAACCAAUCCUGUUCCUCUACUCAGUCUCCUAGUCAAAUUCCUCACCCCCACACUCAGCUUCUUCCCCUCUCCUUCCUCUCUCUCUCUCUCUCUCUAUAAGGCCUUACAGUCCCAACAUUUCCCAGUUCCCACCUUCUCAAAGACUCAAAACCACAAAAAACACCUCAAAACUUCUUCAACUAUAGCACACCAAGCCAAGCCAAGCCAUAAUCCAAAGCAUGGAGAUGGAAGUAGUUUUACCAGUCCCUCCUGUAGAUUUCAACUUCGACAGUAAUUGCUCCUCUCCAUACAUCACAGCACCUUCAAGCCCCCAAAGAUUUGGCAACUUCUUCUUCAGCGCCCCAACUAGUCCUUCUCGUGCCUCUACUUUCUACCAAGACCUGCAAUCUCUUCAUGAUAUACCAAGAAACUCUGCCUCCUCUGUUAUCCCCUUCAAUUGGGAAGAAAAGCCUGGAAUUCCCAAAUCCAAUAACAGCAACAAUGAUGAUGAUGAUGAUGAAGAUGAAGAUUUUGCAUUUGAUUUUAGUGGGCAAUUAGAGAGGCCUUCUUUGUCAGCAGACGAGCUUUUUGAUGGUGGCAAGAUUAAACCUUUGAAGCCCCCACCUCGUUUACAAGUUGGAGGUAAUGAUUCGGGUUCCAAUGUUUCCUCUCCAAGGUCUCCAAGAUCUCCAAGAUCAAGAAUUUCUCAAGGGAAAAGAAUGGUCCAGGAAGCACUAUCACCACGUCACAAGAAAGAUUUUGAUCCAUUUGCAGCUGCUUUAGAAGAAACUCGUAAGGAAGGACAAGAACAACAUGAACAAAAGCGAGGCAGAGAAAGAAAAUCUAAAGGGUCAUCUUCUUCUUUUUCUUCUUCAACAAGUUUUUUACGUAAAGGAACAAGAUCUCUGUCUCCUCUGAGAGUUUCUGACAUUGUCUUUGGAGGGGAAGAGAAUUCACAACCCAAAGUCAUUUCUUCAACAACAAGCAACUCUAAACCUUCUACUUCUCCUUAUUCUUCAUUCUUGUCAUCUAUUUCAUUCACUAAAGGUUACAGAAAAUGGAGGCUCAAAGAUUUUCUCUUAUUUCGAAGUGCCUCAGAGGGUCGAGCAACAGGUAAAGAUCCAUUAACAAAGUACGCAGUUUUGUCCAAAAACAAGGUAGCUGAAGAUGUCAAAAACUCGAGCUUUCGAUCCACAGACAGUACUGGCUCUUCAGUCUCGAGCUCAAGAAGGAGAGGACCAGUUUCUGCACACGAAUUGCAUUACACAAUGAAUCGAGCUGUGUCGGAGGAGAUGAGGAAGAAAACUUUCUUGCCUUACAAACAGGGACUAUUGGGUUGCUUGGGGUUCAACCCUGGUCUGCAUGAGGUUUCAAGGGGUUUGGGGGGUCUUUGACACGUGGAUCAAGAUGAUGAUGAUGAUGCUCCAGAUACCUCAUCUGGGUCCCUUGUUUGAUAUAUAUAAAAAUUUUCGUUUUAGUUUAUGUAAUUUUAUGGUUAGCUUGAUAUGAAUAGCUUUGAUAUUUUUGUUCUUUAAUUUGUGUCUCUAUCUAUAGAGGGACUGAAAUUGUAUGAAAAUUGUUUCUUUCAAUUUAUACAAGGACAUAUAAGAGUUAUAGAGGA